UCAACAUGGAGUUCUUAAGAUUAACCUCUCUAUAUCUUCUAUCCUUCGUUCUUCUCCUGCAUGGCCUCCAUGCUGCAGACCCUCUUUAUCACAUGUGUUCAAGCCGAAAAAACUACACAGCCAAUAGCCCAUUCAGCAAGAACUUGAACAAAAUGCUGACCUCUCUCCCCACCAAAGUUUCGCUCAUUGGCUUUGGGCUAAGCUCGGUAGGGAAGCGCCCUGAUCAAGCAAAUGGGCUUAGCUUAUGUCGAGGCGAUGUUCCAAGCUCCGAUUGCAAGAAGUGUCUUGUUGGUGCGAUUAGUGAUCUUCGUGAUCUAUGUCCAUACAAGGAAGAUGCAGUCAUCUGGUUUGAUAAUUGUCUCUUGCGCUACUCGAAUGUUGAUUUCUUUGGGGAAGUCGACACCAUCAACAGGUUCUAUAUGUUGAACACACAAAGCGUAAAUGACCCAGCUGCGUUUAAUAAAAAAACCAAGGAAUUACUACACCAUUUGUCACAUGAAGCUUACCUCAGCCCAUUGAUGUAUGCUAGUGGAGAUGUGGAGAUUGGAGAACAUGAGAAGCUGUAUGGUUUGGCUCAGUGUACAAGGGAUCUUUCUGGUGGGGAUUGUAAGAAGUGCUUGGAGAGUGCCAUAAGUGACCUUCCAAGCUGUUGUUACGGGAAGAAAGGUGGAAGAGUUGUUGGGGGGAGUUGUAAUAUAAGGUAUGAGAUUUACCCUUUUCUGAAUGCCUAGACAUGUCAUUCAUGUCUGUAGUUGUAAUAAUAGGGGAUUCUUGUUGUAUCCCCCCUGGAAAUAGAUUCUUUUAUUUAACUUCA